AUACCCAGGAAUUUCGUAAUCGGAAAUCGACUGCGAUGACUACAACGAACUGAGGAGGAAGUUGCCGCGUGGCGGCCGAAUGUCUUGUCGUUGCUUGUUCAUGCCGGGAAAAUGAGCAAACCGUGCCGCAGUCGAUUGCAGCGAAGAAAAUCCGGAAACGCGCUUGAGUCGCGCGAAUUCCCGUUCGAGCGUUCCCAGCGUAAUGUGGCUUGUGCUCGAUCACCGACAUCGGAAGCGAUACGUGCGAAAUUGUGCACAAACAGACCGUCUUAUAAUGAUCGAAGGCUGUUGGAGCAUUUCCGGCCUGUAAGAUGAUCUUGCUUCGCAAUUUCUGCAGCUACUUGACGAUCGUCACGGUCAUCCGUUUGAGCGCAAUUCCAGUGGAGGCUGUGGAGUCUGAGCUCAAGUUAAUUAACGUGGUGUUCAGACACGGAGACCGAACGCCCGAUAACAACGGAUUCGAGAUGUACCCGACUGAUCCGUAUAUAAAUAACUCUUUCUACCCGACAGGUCGCGGACAGUUGACUCUAGCCGGCAAAAGACGCGAAUACAAGUUGGGUCAGAAUUUACGUAACAGAUAUAGCGAUUAUCUGGGUAGCGUGUAUUUACCAGGACAUGUCGUAGCUCGCAGUUCGGAUUACGACAGAACGAAAAUGUCUCUGCAACUUGUUCUCGCGGGUUUGUAUCCUCCAGCAGAUGUUCAAAGGUGGAACAAGUGGCUUAAUUGGCAACCGAUCCCGGCAUUGUACACGCCACGUGUCGACGACAAACUUUUAUUGUCCGAUGAAUGCCCGGAAUAUCUCAACGAGUACGAACGAGUACUGCGGACACCUGAAGUACAAGCGAUAAUGGAUCAGUUUAAGGAUAUGAAACAUAACUUGACGAAGCAAACUGGGAAGUCGUUUGAAAGAAUCCAGGAUUACUUCUUUCUCUACCAAACUUUUAUAGCGGAGUCCUCUUUGGGAUUACCUCUUCCCGAGUGGGCAUACAAUUAUUUCCCCAAUAGUCAACUAUUCGAUGCGACUGUAGCGUCGUAUGAUAUUUCCAAUGAAAACGACAUCCUUAAGAAAUAUUUCGCUGGUCCGUUGAUCCGCGCCAUGACGGACAACAUGAUAGCCGCGCAAAACGACGCAUCGCUCACGAAGGUUUAUUUAUAUAGCGGUCACGAGAGCAACAUCGCGGCUCUGUUGCACGCGCUCCGAGUGUACGAGCCGCACGUUCCUGAGUAUUCCAGCGCAAUUUUUAUAGAAUUGCAGAAGAUCAAUUCCGAAUUUUACGUAAAGAUCAUAUAUUACCUGGGCAUCCCGCCGGACAUCAAGGAGCUCACGCUACCGGGCUGCGAAUUACUUUGUCCCUUCGACAAGUUCUUAGACCUGAUGGAGCAUAUCAUGCCGACCGACGAGGAGUUGGUUUGCGACAAGAGGAAGACUCCGAGUUAUGCUAACGUGCCAUAUCCAGCUGCGGUGCAGCAGUUGGUCUAUGAACUGUUGAAAUCAUCGACGUCAAAGAAUAGAAAUCGACUGUGAGGAAGUAUGCAACGUACUGCAAGUGUCAGGCAAACAAAGCGACAAAGUUUUUAAGACAUUGAACGUGAAAUAUUGAAAUUCACAUGCCUUUUGUACUAUUGUGAUUUGUGUGUUUUCUCAACAAAUUAGUUAUUAAUUCUAUAUUCGUUCGUUCAUCGUUACAUCGAAUAUUCGUGCAUCGUGUUCGAACAGUCGAUGAAAGUUCGCUUCGUAGAGCUGCGAGUUCUUGAUGAUUUCGAGAAAUCUGUUCUGAGACCAUAGAUUUUUCUUCCGUCCUUUUAUAUUUCUGAUAUUUAUUAUCAUAGAAAUCAUUAAACAAGUGUGAAACGUUU